AUGACACUGCUCUUCUCUCACACUUUGCCUGUAUCUUCUCAUUAUCUCCCUUAUCCCUUCCAAUACAAGAUUAAUUAUCUCAUGAGAUUAUCCAUUAUCUCCUUAUCCCUUGACACUCAGAUUAUCUUUCUCUUUGACCUGCUCUUCCCUUUGCCUGUAUCUUCUCAUUAUCUCCCUUAUCCCUCCAAUACAACUCAGAUGAUCCGUUAUCUCAUGACACUGCUCUUCUCUUACCCUUUGCCUGUAUCUUCUCAUUAUCUCCUUAUCCCUUCCAAUACAACCAAUGUUAUCCAUUGUCUCAUGACAUUGCUCUUCUCUUACCCUGUGCCUGUAUCUUCUCAUUAUCUCCUUAUCCCUUCCAAUACAACUAAGAUUAUCCAUUAUCUCAUGACACUGCUCUUCUCUUACCCUUUGCCUGUAUCUUCUCAUUAUCUCCCUUAUCCCUUCCAAUACAACUCUCAGAUGAUCCGUUAUCUCAUGACACUGCUCUUCUUUACCCUUUGCCUGUAUCUUCUCAUUAUCUCCCUUAUCCCUUCCAAUACAACCAAUGUUAUCCAUUGUCUCAUGACAUUGCUCUUCUCUUACCCUGUGCCUGUAUCUUCUCAUUAUCUCCCUUAUCCUUCCAAUACAACUAAGAUUAUCCAUUAUCUCAUGACACUGCUCUUCUCUUAUCCCUUUGCCUGUAUCUUCUCAUUAUCUCCUUAUCCCUUCCAAUACAACUAA